AUGGCAGCCAUUCUCUUGAAGGCCAAACCCAAGGUGCCAGUGUCUUUUGAAGAUGUGUCCGUAUACUUCACCAAGACAGAAUGGAAGCUUCUGGAUGUCCAACAAAGGAUCCUCUACAAGACAGUGAUGCUGGAAAACUAUCGUCAUUUGGUGUCCCUGGGAUUUUUAUCCACCAAGCCUCACCUGGUCUCCUGGCUGGAACAAGGGGAGGGGCCCUGGGCAACAGACGUCUGGAGAACACUGGCCACCGCGGAGAUGCAGACAGGAGACGGGAUACAGACCGGGACGUCGGUUUCCGCACAGAAGCGUGGCCCCGAAGAACUCCCGGGGCCCGAUCGUCGGGCGGGUGACGAUCGCCCAGUGGCCGGGCCGCCAGGGGACGCGCCGGAGCAGGGAGUGAGACGGGCUCCCUCUCCGCAGACGAGGUCCAGCAGGGGUGACCCUCCCCGGGAGAAAGGUCCCGGCGGCCCGUCCGGGGCGGCCGGAGAGACGCCGCGGAGGAGCAGCCCCCGCGUCGGGCAGGAGCGGGUUCCUGGGCGGCAGGGAGCGCGCGGCGCCGAGAAGCGCUACGUGUGCCAGCAGUGCGGCCGCGCGUUCAGCCGCAGCUCCAACCUCAUCAAGCACCGGGUCAUCCACAGCGGCGAGAAGCCAUACGCGUGCGGCGAGUGCGGGAAGCUCUUCCGGCGGAGCUUCGCGCUGGUGGAGCACAGGCGCACGCACAGCGGCGAGCGGCCGUACGCGUGCGGGGACUGCGGCAAGGCCUUCACGCGCAGCUCCAACCUCAUCAAGCACCAGGUCAUCCACAGCGGCGAGAAGCCGUACGCGUGCCCCGAGUGCGGGAAGCCGUUCCGGCGCCGCUUCGCGCUGCUGGAGCACCGGCGCACGCACAGCGGCGAGCGGCCCUACGCGUGCGGGGACUGCGGCAAGGCCUUCCGCCGCAGCUCCAACCUCAUCGAGCACCAGCGCACGCACCGCGGCGACAAGCCGUACGCGUGCGGCCAGUGCGCCAAGGCCUUCAAGGGCGUGUCGCAGCUCAUCCACCACCAGCGCAGCCACAGCGGCGACAGGCCCUUCACGUGCAAGCAGUGCGGCAAGGCGUUCCGCGGCUCCUUCUUCACUGCCAGGCUCUCUGGCAGGCAAGUGGUAGGUCCCCACUGGGCCUCCGAGGAGCACGGGCGCCUACCCUGCCACACAGGGGAGGUUCGACUGGACAUCAGGACAGUGAGGGGAAACCUGGAGAUGCAGAAUUCCUUCCGAGCAGGCAUCUUGGAGCUCUGA